CGACACCCCCACCAACAACCACCGCCUUCUUUCCUAUAAGCGUCAUUUUUGCGAGUUGUGUGUCCACUGCUCGAACCGCAAGAAUCCCCCCUCCCCAACAACCGCCGUUACGCCCUGCAACCUUGGGAUGGCUCGAGAACACAGCAACUCCGAGGAGGUCGUUCUUGCAGCGGAGGUAGGGCAUGCGCGGUUGAUCACCUUGAACCGCCCUCGGCAGCUCAAUGUCAUCUCGUCCAGAGUGGUUUUUCUUCUGGCUCAGUUCUUGGAGAAGUGGGAGAAGGAUGACGAUUCCCAGCUGGUCAUUUUCAAGGGCGCCGGACGUGCCUUUUGUGCGGGUGGCGAUCUGAAGAUGUUCUACGAGGGGAGAAAAGAUGAUUCCUGCCUUGAGGUGGUAUACAGAAUGUACUGGUUGUGUUAUCACAUCCACACGUAUAAGAAACCCAUGGUUGCCCUCGCUAAUGGAAUAGUCAUGGGCGGAGGUGCUUCUAUGGUUGUCCCAACAAAAAUUUCUGUCGUCACAGAGAAAACGGUUUUUAGUGUGCCUGAAGCAAGCAUCGGACUUCAUACAGACUGCAGCUUUUCUUAUAUUCUUCCACGCCUUCCUGGAUAUUUGGGGGAGUUCUUGGCUUUAACUAGUGCAAGAUUGAAUGGGAAGGAAAUGAUUGCAGCAGGACUUGCAACACAUUUUGUUCCAUCAGAGAAAUUGCAUGAGCUAGAAAAUUGUUUGGUGAACUUGAGCUCUACUGACGAGGAUUCUAUCAGAGCAAUAGUGGAAGAAUUUUCACUAAAUGUUCAGCCUGAUGAAGAAAGCAUCUUGAACAAGCUAUCAACAAUUGAUAAAUGCUUCUGCGAGGGGUCUGUGGAAGAGAUCAUUAAAUCAUUUGAAGCUGAGUCAAAAAUGGACGGAAACGAAUGGAUCUCUCCUAUUCUCAAAGGGCUAAAGAGAUCUUCUCCCACUGGGUUGAAGAUAACAUUAAAAUCCAUUCGACAAGGAAGAAAGCGAACUUUAGCUGAAUGUCUAAAAAAUGAAUUCAGACUCACCAUGAAUCUGCUAAGAUCAGUCAUUUCUUCUGAUGUGUACGAGGGCAUCAGAGCACUCAGCAUCGAUAAGGACAACGCCCCCAAGUGGAAUCCGUCGAGCCUCCAAGAAGUGAGCCGCGAGAAAGUUGACCUUGUUUUUGAACCAUUUGCUGAUGAACUGGAACUUCAGAUACCGACCGAUGAAAAGAGCAGGUGGAGUGGGAAGUACGAGGACACGGUCUAUCCAAGCCUGAAAUGAGAGCCACAGCCACAGAAUAGCCGGUGAAGGCAUCGCUCCGCUUUUGCACCACAAAUAAAGAAUUUAAGAUAGAAUUUUAUGCUCAGAUGAAUAGGUAAUGUCGUCAGUGGUGGUGUGUUUGGAUGAAGUCCUUGUUGUACAACAAUAUUUUAAUGCAUCUACAAUAAGCUUGGAGCUGAAUACGUGCCUCUACGUGUUGUUGUUUGUUUAAGUGGACCAUCAUGAAGUCCUUGUUCCCCUAAACCAGACCUACAAUAUUUUAACGCAUCAAAGAUUUGGACGAAUCAA